CUGCCUCUGUACUGAGCCAGUUUCCCCUGAAGGACAAAUGUCCCAGGAAAACCCCCAGGAGUGUGCGGAGCCUGUGGAGCCCAAGGCCGAGGCUGCCCCGGAGAAGACCAGCGAUUACUACCGCGUGAGCGAGCAGCUGCCUGUCAGGUUCAACAACCCCGGGUGGUUUCAAGGCUAUAGGACCAAGGAGGUUGUGUCCAUAUAUAGGACCAGUAACCAAACUUACGGAAGCAGAGCACCCACUGUGCAUGAAAUGCCGAAAGUAUUUUAUCCACAUUCAAAUAAAUUUUCCAGACAACUUUCAGCUACUGGAAUGUUCCGGAACAAUACAUUCAAUGUCUUCAUGGAGAGAAGCGUGGUGACAGGCCCUGAUAACUACAUCACCCACUGUGACCGCUUGAACUUCCACCCUAGUUACAAUGUCAAUAGGCCAUCCAUCUGUGACUAAGGGGUGUGGAUGCCCCUCCUCAUGUCGACAUGGCAAGAACCAGAGCCCCCCCCCCCCGCCCAGUCCUUGACAAGUGCCCAGUUGUAAAGGUACAAACAGAUCUCACUGCCCUGCUUUUUGAAUUUCACACUAUAAAUGUGUAUGGGAAAGGUGUGAAUGAUUUGACUUUCUAUUAAAAAAUUGCUAUGGUCUGAA